GCGCUCAACGCCGUCUUUAGCGACCAGGAUGGCUUUGACAUUUCUGACUCCUUCAUCCAUCAACAACGCGCGUGCCGCUGGCGUAUCGAAUCGCUUCAACGACCACCAUCGUACUCUAUCACUUCAAACACUUGUUUGACGCGACAUUUCUAUCUCUGCGACCCUAAAUCUCGACGCUUUUCAAAAUGCCUGGUGGAAAGGGAAAGUCUAUCGGCGGAAAGGCUGGCUCCAAGGACUCUGCGGGGAAGGCUCAGAAGUCCCACAGCGCAAAGGCUGGUCUGCAGUUCCCUUGUGGUCGUGUUAAGCGUUUCUUGAAGAACAACACGCAGAACAAGAUGCGCGUUGGUGCUAAAGCCGCCGUCUAUGUUACCGCCGUCCUGGAGUACUUGACUGCUGAAGUUCUCGAGCUUGCCGGAAAUGCCGCUAAGGACCUCAAAGUCAAGCGUAUCACCCCCCGUCACUUGCAGCUUGCCAUCCGUGGAGACGAAGAGUUGGACACUCUCAUCCGUGCCACCAUCGCUUUCGGCGGUGUCUUGCCACGCAUCAACCGUGCGCUGUUGCUGAAGGUGGAGCAAAAGAAGAAGAACAAGACUGAGGCUUAAUUUACGGCGGAUACCCCACGAAUAUGGCGUUUGAAAUGAUGACG